AAUGUCAUUUUAGGUUAGGAUAAGCAACAUGAUUUUUUAGUUAAUGAAACAAGUGUCGUAUAUAUUAAAAUAUGCAUGAAAUGGAAUCAAUACUAAUCUUUAUAACAUCUGCUAUGUGCAUAACCUUAAUAUUUAAAUUGAUAUAUAAUUUGCGGUUGUUAUUGUCGUGGCGUGUUAAUUGCUGGUUCUGCAACUCAAAUUUCUGGGUAAAAUUUAUAGAACGCAACAGCUGGACUUGUCCAAAGUGUGAACAAUAUAACGGCUUCACUGAGGAUGGGGAUUACAAUAAGCCUAUAGUCAAUAAUGUUGAAGAAACUCCAAAAACGCCAAAGGUAUUUCAAAGGACACUACCUAACAAUGGCUUGUGCAAAAUGUGUAACAUAAACCAGCAAUUAAAGGUGACACAACUUGCCAAUUUUGUACCAAUGAAUGAGAAGAAAUAUGAUGAAGAAAUUGAGAAUUACAGGUUACAGUUAGAAAAAGCAUAUAAAUUAUGCAGUCCAUGUAAAAGAGUAGUACAAAUGAAAUUAAAUAAAGAAAAAGAGACCCUCUUAGGUUCCAAAUUAUUGGAACAGAGAACUCCCGAGAAGAAACAAAAUAAAAUUAAUGAAAAUCAACUUUUUAAAAAUUUCAUAAACAAAUCUUCGACAUUUAUUGCAACAAUACUUUUUAUAUUAGUUUGUACAGAAUUCUACAAAAUUAUUAGUGAAAUAGAUAAUUUAUCCAGUACUAUUAAAAAUAUUAGAUUGAUAAUGACUGGCCUUCUAGAAAGAUUAUUUACAAUUAUGAAAAUGAAAACAAUUCAGACAUUCCCCUUUUUAGAAAAUUAUGAAAUUACAACAUCUAUGUAUAGUUAUAUGCCGUUGCCAAAUGUAUUUAAGUACAAAGAUAUUGACUUUUGGAAUAUCACGACACAGAAGACACUGGGAGGGUUAGUAUGUUCCAUACAAAUUGUUGGAAAUAUGUGGAAUGUCAAUACUAUGAAAUAUACGAUUAUACUUGAUGGACUCUGGUUAGUUUUCGUAUUUAUGUCGACAGCAGACCAUGUACUUCUUGACCCACUGUACAUAUGUGGUGUUAAGAUGGCAAGUAUUUUGAUGAUUUUGCUAGUUUAUAAACAAAUGCAAAGUAAAAAAAUCAAUAGGAUAACCAAAGUGAACUUCUCACCAAAACAAGUGAAUAACAGAGUUACAUCAGAAAAUGCAUCCAUGGAUGAAGAAGAUUCUUUUAACUUGGACACAGAUGAUGAUGUAUCACUUAGUAAAUUUGGAAUACCACAUUUUACAGAUUCAUCAACUGAAACUGGUAGUCCUCUAAACACGUCUUUGAUUAACGGCAGGUCCUUUACACCUAGAAGUGAAAGUUUGUGGACGAAACCAAACUUAAAUUCAACUUUUUGUGUAAAUUCUGUAACAAGUAAAAGUCCAACCUCUAUUCCAGAAACUGUAUUUGCCAAACCAAUAUUUAAAAAGUAUCAAAAACUAGCAAAAGACGAUUCCGACUCGGAGUUAGAUGAAAGUAUAAGUUCCUUGUGUAUAGGUAGUCCUAGUAAAUCGAAGAAAAAGACAAACUCUAUAUUUUCUCUACGUAAAUUUGCUGCUACUCCAAGUUUUGUCGCUCCAAGGCCCGUGACAGGCGCGAGACCACUCAUAUCACCCAGCAAAUUAGGUCAUGGCACCUCUUGGGUAGCCGGUGGUUACUGGGGUGCCGAAGGUGAACGUAUUACUGACUUGAACGGCAGUCGAUCGUCGAGCCAAAGUUCUGGCUUCGAAUCUCAGACGUCUAGCAUGAAUCAACGCAACUUGUUUUCGCAGCCGCCAUCGUGCGAGGAGUCUGUCUGUAGUGAACCAAUGGAACUCGAUCGUUUCCCAAAUAUGAGUUUUUUUAGUAAGACGCAACCUCAAUUUUUUCCCAGAAUGAAUUCGCCCAUUUUUCCUCAAAUGCAGUACAAUAGUCACGUUCAAAUACCACAAACUAGAUUCGUUCCACCGACGAAUUCUCAGAAUAGUUUUAUUCAUCGGCCCCAGAGCCACGUUCAUGUCUUCAAAACCCCCGGCGGGUCUGGGCUCAUCAAGCUACCUCAAGUUGAUAAGUUCACAACUCGCUAAUCGCGGCUGUGUCUUGUUAGCCAAUUUUUUUUUGUCUUCAGUUUAUUGACUUUUCAUUUCUAUGUAUUUUUUAUUUUAACAUGUUAUUUUUAUUCUUCGAUACAUUUUGUAAAGUUUCAUAAACUGCCAUUAUGUUAAGUGAUUUUUUUGUUAUGUUGUAAGAAUCGUUAGUCGUAAGCCAUUAGUUGUAAUGUUUGAGACUAAAAUUAGUUUUAAGACUUGCUGAUCUCGUGUUGGUGCCAGAUAUUGGCUGUAUGAAAACAUUAAGAAUUAUUAUAUUGUUACAAUUUUUUUAUAUAUGGACGUCACUGUCUGCUUCUCGAACAAAAUGUGAUAUUGUAAAGACUAGUAAACACUUGCAUAAAUAUGAAAUGGUUCUUGAUGUUAUCAUGAUUUAGUUUUUGUCAUCUUAAAACGAAAACUUUUUGUGAAACUCCUGAAAUAAAAUAAUGGGAAAAUGUAA